UCGCGAGCUGGAGGCGGAGGGCCUCGACGGCGAGCCUCGACGGCGUCCCUGCGGGAGGUCCAGGAUGGCGGUCUCCUCGUUCUUCAAGGCGCUCGCCAAGGGGCACAGGCUGUUCCAGACGAGCGUGCUGCUGCAGACGCGCGAGUACUUCGACAAGAGCACGCUGCACGGCGUGCGCUACAUCGCGGAGACGCGCCGCCCCUUCUACGAGAAGUUCAUGUGGUUCUGCACGACGAGCAUCGGCACGGUGGCCGCGCUCGUCAUCAUCGCCUCGCUGUGGCAGAAGUUCCAGACCAAGCCCACCAUCACGGGGCUGGACACCGACUUCCACAACUGGGACGUGCCCUUCCCCGCCAUCACCCUCUGUCAGAGCGACCCGUCCAACCGCUCGCUCGUGCAGGACUACGUCGCCAGACACUGGAAGGACGCGAACGAAGAGAAGCGCACCUACUACGAGAACUUCCUGGUGGCGCUGGCCAACAUCUCGUACGACAGCAUCGGGCUGCUGGAGCCCUACUUCGACGACCCCGACCUGCCGCAGACCAACCUCAAGCAGAUCGUGUACGAGGUGGUGAGCCGCUGCCACGUGCUGGUGGAGUGCGCGUGGAAGGGCGACCCCGAGCUGGACUGCUGUCCCUUCUUCACGCCCAUCUUCACGGAGAACGGCUUCUGCUACUCCUUCAACCUGGCCUUCAACGAGACCGAGUGGCCGUAUGAAUACAACAGGAGGCCGGUCUUCAGGCGGGAGUACAUCCAGGAGACGGACAUGACCUGGUCCAUGUCCAUCGACACCGACGACCCGCAGAACAACACUGUGUUUGUGUACAUCGGCAGCUCGGACUACCUGCCGACGCUGGACCUGUCGCCGCACCACUCGUGGACGCGCCGCAUCUCGCGGCUCUCGUUCGAGGCCAAGGAGACGUACACGACGGAGGAGUGCCGGCAGCUGUCCAUCCAGCAGCGGCGCUGCGUGUUCGCCGACGAGAUCGACCUGGUGACGGACGACAAGUACACCUUCGCGGCCUGCAUGCGCCAGUGCCGCAUGGAGCUGGCGCAACGCCUGUGCGGCUGCCUGCCCUUCUUCUACCCGCCGGCCCGCAAGGUCAAGGGCUACAAGUAUAACUUCCGCUACUGUUCGCUGAAGGAGCUGGGCUGCAUUGCCAAGCACGCUGAGAAGUUCAGCACGCGACACAUCGAAUGCAACUGCGAACUGGGCUGCAAGCACACGGUCUACGAGAUGGAGAAGCUGCACGAGCCCGGGCCGGACAUGGAGGGAAGCCCACUCGAGAUCGGCUUCGUCUCCUGGCCCAUGGUGAGGUACAAGAGGGAAGUCCUGUUCGGCUGGGUCGAUCUGCUUGUGGCGUUUGGUGGCAUCGCGGGCCUGUUCCUGGGCUUCAGCCUGCUGAGCGGCGUGGAGAUCGUGUACUACUUCACGGUGAGGGCCCUGUGCAUGGUGUGUCGGGACAAGGACGAGCUGCAGCGCCUCACCGAGGAGUACGACAGGGCGGCCAAGCCGAAGGUGGACUUGUCUCUGCGGCCCCACUUCAUGGAGGCGCCCCACGAGAACGACUCGGCCAGAGACAGGGACGACGGCAACACCGUGGGCGGCCUCGGCUACGGCGGCGGCCGUGGCUUCCUGCAGGGGCAGCAGCAACGACGCAGAAUGUCCAUCCGCAGCCACAACGACAGGAACCAGAACCAGUGGCCGAUCCCGUACUUGCCGUAGAUCGCU